UCUCCCCCAGCCUCAAAUCACAGCUUGGCCUGGGUCCAUGAUUCCAGUUAGGCAUCCUGUCACCAUCCGGUGCCACGCGGCUGCAGAUGUGGAAAUGUUCAGGAUUUCUCAAGAAGGAUGGCCCGAGCCCACGGAUGGAUUGAAAGCACAGGAGUCCGGGGAGGUCAAUCUCACAGAGAUCACAGAGACCGCUCAGGGCCGCACCGCUGUUCCUACAAGAGCCGUGGCUGCUGGUCCAGGCUCAGCGAGCCUCUGAAGCUGGUGACGACCGGGGCUUUCGACAAGCCCUCCCUCUCGUGUGCUCCUGGCACCGUGGUGCCUCAAGGAGACGACAUGGAGCUGCGGUGUUUCUCCAAAGCCACGUUUGAAAUACUUACUCUCACCAAAGAAGGCAUUCUCCCCACCCAGAACAGAAGCUCCAGCCCCAAGGGCUCCGAACGCCAGGCCACCUUCCUCUUGAAGCGCAGCUCCUCCGCACAUGGGGGGACCAACAGAUGCUACGGCGCCUUCCACAACCACCCCUUCGUGUGGUCUCACCCGAGUGACCCGUUCCAGCUUGUGGUCAAAGGGCCAUGGAGCUCAGGCAUCUGGAUCGAAGAAGUCUGAGCAGAGGUCAAGGAGAACCCCUCCUGUUUCAUCCCCAUUUGCAGAAGCUCCUGAGUGUCCCAAUCCCACAAGACCAGGUUGGUCCACGGCCCUGCCGUCCAACCACACCUUCCAGGAGAGACACCAGAACCUUCUGAUUGCCAUCCCAGGGGCCACCAUGCUUCUCGUGGUCCUCCUCCUCAUCUUCCUUUU